CAUGAAAUUCACGUGAUGCCGGUGGUAACAUUCGGCGGCAUGAGCUGAUCUAAAUCUAUCCUCAUUUCUCAUUGGUUAAUAUAUUGCAAUUCAACUGCAUUCUGGCAAAUCACAAUAUUCGUAAUAACCACGUACUCGUAUUAUUACGUGCAUAAUUAUUUGACAUCGAUAAAUGCGUGAGAGUGCUCGCAAAGUGCAGAGGUACAUAUCUAAUUGUUUUUUUUUUUUUGGUUUAUCGUCAUUAUCAUCGUCAUUGGAUUUAUCAACGUUGGUUAGUCUUAAAUUAAUAUCGUCUGUUGAAAAGUUUUUUUUUUUACUUAUUUUUCCAAUAAAAUAUUUAUCAUCAAAAAAAAAAAAACAGAAACAUUUUUAAAUUAGUUAGCUAGCAUUAGUUGAAAAACAAAAAAAAUUAAUUAAUUGUACUAAAUAAUAAUAAUGGUUUUUAAUAUGUAGGAUAAUGACAAAAUAAAAAUAUAUUUUAAAAAUUAUAUGCUUAAUUAAACGUUGAGAUCUAGAUUGAAUAACAACAGUAUAAAAAAAAUAUAAGAGUGGGUAUUUAAAUAAUAUAAAAUUAAAACAACAAGAAUAGAAAUAAAAAUAUUCACACACACGUACAAACAAUUUAACACUUUUAAAUUAUAACAUAGCAUUUGUAAAUUGUAUAUGCAACUUGAAAUCUAAAUUUGAUUUGUUCUUUUGUUGUAUACAUUGCAUGUUUUGAAAUUUAUAAAAUCUAGUAAUUAACUCACUGAAUUUUUUUCAAAUUUAAUUGACAAAUAUCUAUUUUUUUCUUCUAUUUUUGGUAAAUCAUAAUGUCAUUGUAAACAAUUCAAUUGGUCAAUUGAAGAUUGAUAGACCAAUCAGAGCUCAAUACGAAUAAAAAUAAUCUAUGAAUUACACACGAAUGGAGGGGAAUGACACAACGUCGUCGUCAUAUAUCCGUCAUAAUUUUUUUUAUCAUAUUUUUAGAUAUAUUCACAUUUUGGAGUAAUACAGCACUUAUUAUUUUCCAUAAAAUUAUUCCGCUAUUAUACAAAAUGAUUCACACAAAUAUAUUAAAAAUUUAUUUUUUCCUUAAUUUUUAAAAACCUCGUGUUUAAAAACAUCGCGUCAUAUGUUUGCAACGUGGAAAUUAUAUUAGCGAAAAAAAAAUAUUUACGUAAUUUGAAUAAAUAAAAAAAUACAGCCCCACCUUUUUGAUAAUGAAAAAUAUAAAUAAAUAAAUAAUAAUUAACAACAUUAUCAAUAAAAAAAAAAUAUAAUUAAUUACUAUUUUUUUUUUUCUGUUAUUUUUCUAAUAGAAAAUUUCGAAAAAUUCGAAAUAAUGCAAAAAACUUUUGACAAAAUUUUCGAUGAUUGAAGAAAAACAUUAAAUUGAUAAAAAAACAAUUAGCAAAAAUAAAGAAAUAAUAAUAAUAAUAAUAUAAAAUUGUGGGUGGAUUUGUGAGUUAGCAACGAGUUGGGUGGGAAGGCGGGAACCAGCGGGAACGGCUGAUGCGCGUUACCAAUAGCGCCGCGUAACCGUAGUAAAAUGAACUCAGCUUGGUUUUCUCUCUCUCUUCGCCUGUACAUCUGUUAAUGCCUUGUGUAACACAGAGAGACCCGCUGUGCAUAAAUGCAAACAAAGAGAGACUUGCUUGUAUAUAAUAUAUAUAUUAAAAAACCAAUACACCUUUAUAUAAAUGUAUUAGUGUAAGUUUGACGUUUCUACCGUUUACAACGCGAGUCUGACACGUAUACUAUCCACACCACUUCUAGGCGUCCACAUUUAUUUCACGUAACUUUUUUCACAUCAACAUUAUUUUAUUAUUAAUAAUACAAUUAAUAUUAUAUUAAUUUUAUUAAAGUGCUCAAUUAUUGUGUAUUAGUUUAAUUAAUUUUAUUUCAUUGUGCAGUGUUAAUAACUAUACAUUUUUAUUAGAAUAUAUUGAAUUUUUUUUUUUUUUUUCUCUUCAUUUUGGAUGUUACUGCGAAGGACUGACGCUUGAGUCGACAUUUUUUUCUUCGCAGCCAUUGUUGUUUUGAUUCACAGAAUGUCCAUGUGUCACGUAGUGCCCAAGUGUACAAAAUAAUUAUUGAAUUUUAUCAUAAAAAAACUCUAGUGAAGUGAACAAAUUUUUGUUUUUAGAAAAAAAAAAAAAUUAUUCAUUUGUGAAAUUAAAUAUUCAUGAAUUUUUAUUGAUAAAUAUUAUUAUCAAUUUUUAUAUAUUAAUUAAUUAUUUUUAAAAAAUAUAUAUAUAUUGUGAAAUUAACCUAAAACGGUCGUUAUAUAUCAUUCGCGUGAUAAAUUGACUUGACUUUUAAAGCGUGAGAGUGACAAGCCAUUUUUGAAAAAAAAAAAAAAAAAAAGAGGUUAAAAAAGAAGAAGAAUCACUUCUCUUUGUCUCGUGGAACAUGAAAAUUUACAAAAAAAAUAUACCACAAUAAUUUAACGAUAAUUUUAUUGAUUAAUUAUUUUGUUUUUUAAUUUUUUUUUUGUUUUUUUUUUUUGUUUUUCGCGUUUUUUUUUUUUUUCUUCAUCAUACAUGUGUGUUUUGUGAAUGAUAUUUGGCCGUUAACGGUUAUAAUAAAAUAAAAAAAAAAAAAAAAAUAUAACGUCACGCAACACGCUUUGAAGACCUCAUUGUACAUUCCGGGUUCUGGCCAAUAGUAUCAAGCUAAAAAGUUUUUGGUCGUCUUUAAACUUUUGCUUGGUUUUUGCUCCUCACCACCUCGCCACUUUAACCAGCGUGACUGUGUAUUGUACAUAUUUUUUUUUUUAAUUAUAAAUAUAUAUUUAUUUAUUAUUUUUUUUUUUUUGGUGUUGUGGGUUGCUCUCUAACCCCCGCCGAGUACCGGCCGGUCAGUUCGACGAGCUUUUAAUAUAAAAAAAAUAAUAAAAAAAAAAAAAAACAGCUGGACUUCAAGACAGCCACUCCGCGCAACAACAAAUUUAAUCUCCGAGUGAUAAAUUUCUUGAGUAAAAAAAUACACAAUACAAAAAAAAAAAAAAAAAAAAUUGUUAUUAUUUAUUUAUAAAUAUUGCUCAUAUAUCAAUUUAUUAUUAUAUAUUGGUGGAUAGGCAUAGUGUUGAGAUAUUAAUUCAAGAAAUAUGAGCAUUGCUGCACUUUUGCAAGCCGCUGAGUUCAUUGAAAGAAGAGAAAGAGAAGCUGAACAUGGCUAUGCUUCGACAAUGCCUAUACCCGAUGAUAUCCGGACCAGUGGAAAGAGAGGAAAAACGAAAAAAUCACAGGGUAGUAGAACAACCCACAAUGAACUGGAAAAAAAUAGACGAGCACAUCUCAGAAAUUGUCUGGAAAAGCUGAAAGUACUUGUGCCCCUUGGGCCCGAAACAUCUCGACAUACUACUCUAGGUCUUCUUACCAAGGCGAAACGAUUUAUCAAGAAUCUUGAAGACCGUGAACGAAAGCAUUCAGCCAUCAAAGAACAAUUGUCAAGAGAACAUAGAUUUUUGAGACGACGACUUGAACAAUUAACAAGUCAAUCAUCAUCACCAAAUAAUUUGCGUGCUUUACAUUGUCUUGAUAUGACAACUAUUCAUGGUUUAAGUACAAGUGCACCAGCUGAUUCAACAAUGGAUACAGCUGCUGCUGAUACAGAUGCAAUAUUAUCAAAACGAAGAAGUGUCUCUGAAUGUUCAGUUUUGACUAUUUCAUCAAUGGGAUCUGCUAUGAGUUCAGGUAACUCUGAUAGAUCUUCAGGCAGUCCUUCUAUCUCUGAGUCUGAUGAAGUAGAUGUGAUUGGCUACACAAGUAACCAGUCAGAUACAGAUGACCAUAGUAGCGUUCAAAGCAGCAGUGACAGUGGUGUUGCUAUGUCUACGUCACGACUGACCUUAUCAGAAAUGAUGGACAAUCUUUAGACAAAAAAUCAAGAGAGUGACUAAGCGACCAUUUCGAGGAAUUAUUAAUACGCUGAAGAUGUCGAUUAAUGUACAGAACAUAAUUAAAAUCAAAAAAAAAGUUCAGUUACAAUUUUCGCGUAUAAAUAAAUUAAAUUAAUCAUUUUAAUUGUAAAGAAAAAAGGUAAUAAAAAAAACAAAAUAAUAAUAAUAAUAAUGGAGGAUCUUGUAGAAGAUGACAACCAGUACUAGAUCAUUAAAAUCAAUUUAAUAUAAUUAAUAUAAUGAUGUGAAUGAAAUUAAUAUGCUCUUGUGAGAGUCGUUUGUAAAUUAAUUUAAAUAAUAUCAUAUGUAAAUGAUUUGUAAAUAUUUAAACAGAGAGCAAUGUGGAAAAGAAAAAUUACAAAAAAAAAAUAAGAGGAGGAACAUCGGAAUGGUUGAUAUGAAAUAACUAUAAAAAAUCAUAAGUUGAAUGAGACUGAAAAAAAUUGAGUCAAAGUGAAGAGAAAAAAAAAAAAAUUUAUGUGUUGAACACAAAGAAAUUAAUGUCAUACAAUUUCUAUAAAAAUUCAGAAUUUAAAAAUGAUAAAUAUUAAUAAUUUUCCCCCAAUUAAAAACGACCCAGACUCGGAGUAAUCACAUCAAUGAGAAAGAAAUAGAAAAAAAAACCAACAAAUUCUAGUAUAAAUAAUUUUUUUUUCAACGUUAAAAGUAAAAAAAACGUUUUAAUUUUAAUUUGCAUUCAUCAUUAAAUUAUUAUUUCAUAAAAUUUCGUGUAAUUAAAAGAACAAAAUUAAACUAAUAUUUAUAUUAUUAUUAUUAUUAUCAUUUAAUUUCGAAUUAAAUUAUUUUCUUUCUCUAUGAUGAUAAAUUAUUUGCUUCGUGCAACUCGCAAUAAUCGCAACUAAUACAAAAGAAAAAAAAAAAACAAACCAAGACGUUCAUUAAAUAAAAAUAUCUUUUAAAAGAAAAAAAAAAAAAAAACAAAAUAAAAAAAAAUUCAAAAAAAAAAUAAAAAAUAAGAAAAAAAAUAAAUUAUAACAGAUAAUUAAGAGCAAAUUUAUGUUUUUGUGUCUAGACCCACAAAAAAUAAACAUGCUGAAUUUUAAAAAAGUUGAACAAUAAAAAAAAUAAUAAAAUCUAAUAGAAAUAAUUUAGUCUAAAAAAUUAAUAAUUAUAAAAUAAUUUACAAGUAAAAAAAAAAAUCACUAACUGUACGUGGUUAUACAGAAAUGCAUUAACAGGAAAUCAAAGAAAAAUCACUGGUUUUCAAAUCAGUGCUUACAAGUUGUUACCUCCAAAAAAAAAAAAAACAAAAAAAAAAUGAUAAAAUAAUUAAGAGAAGUAUGGCAUGUAUGACAAAAUAAUAUUUGAUUUUUUUUUUUUCUUUAAAUUCAAAGAGGAAAUGAAAAAAACAAUCUAUGAUCCUAUAAAAGUGAUAAAGUACAAAUUCUGUAAUUCCCUGUAUCAUGAUAAAUCAUGGAAAAGAAAAAUAUUAAAUACUUUUGGGUUAAAAUUUGUAUUGGUUCAAGAUUCGUAGAUAAAAAAUGUCCAAUUUCGUAGUAAUAUUACUUGAAAAAUAUAUUUAAAUUUGAUGAUGUUAAUUGAAUACUAAAAGCAUUGUGUUUAAAUGCAAUUCGCCAUUGAAUUUGUCAAAGACUUAUUUCAUUUUUGGGCUUGUAUUGUAUUUUUACACAUGUUUAAAAAUAUUCAUUUAUCAAAAUUACAUUAAAAUAUAUUAAUUGUCUACUGCGCACAGUGUGAAUGAAUGGAUGUCUUGGCAAAAAAAAAAAAAAAAACAAUUUAUUGGUGUAAGUGCGGCAAUUA